CCAGAAGACCAGCUAGGACUUGAGAAAUACAAUGUGAUUCAGAAUGAGGUGUCCCAGGAUAGAAUGCAGAGCCCAUUAACAACUAAGUCACGUAGAGUGCAAUUCACAGACAGUAUCAGAAUAGGAACUAAAUCCAUGAAAGAUCUACACGGAGAUCAGGAGGACAUAUCAAAAAGAAGGCCCACCAGCUUUCAUGACCAAAAGCAGAACCAGACCACUUUCAUUCCAUGCAAGCUUCCAGCAGUUACUUGCUCUCAUGCCACCAGCUCUGCAGCCCAGGUGAAGUCACUAGCGCUGAUACAGCCAUCAAAAAGAGCCAAGGGUCCUCAUGGGAUGUCAACAGAAAAGAAACCUGGACUUCUUGACCAGAACCAGUCACCUGUUAUCGCCUGUUAUCGCAUUGACCAUACUGUGGAUCCAACUCUAGCUGCACAGGAGUUUUCAUACAGUUCUGCUGGAUUCAACACCACCACAGUCCUCAGGUCCUUUCAAGAGGUCCACGUGAAACUGCAAAGAGGCAAGAAGAGAAAUGGUAUGGAACUCAGUAAAACAGUCCAGGGUAAGACAUUAAAGCCAAUACAACAGUCACAAAAAGCCCAACCCAAGGACAGCAGCAGAAGGAACAGCAGCAAAAAAAGCACUUCAAUUACUGAGGAUCGUCCAAAAAGAUCUUAUCAACCCAUUGAAGAUAACAAAAGAAGUAAGCUGGUACAAAGUGAAGUUUUCCAACAUGGAUCCAACAUGUGUGUACACUCAGAGUCACCUGAUGAGCAACCAACUGACACUAACGGUAUGAAGGAGUCUAAAACCAUGAAGAAUCAGCAGGGGAUGCCCAAGCCAGUUCCAGUGAACCUAAGAAGAAUAAAAGUCAAGCCAUCCAUGGAAAGAAUAACCACGUUAGAUGACAAAAAGGAAGAGAGAGAACCAGUUAUAAUCAGCAACACUGGAGACCUAUACAGUGGCAUUGACCAUGCUAAAGACCUGGAUACAGUUACUCCAAGUGAACCUCUGACAGAGGCACAGAUGAAUGGGUUCAGAGCCAUAUUUGACCUGUUCACCAAAGAUCAUACAGGAUUUAUCAGUACCACUGGAUUUACCACCACCCUGAACACAAUAGGCAUCACUCUCAAACCUGCAGACAUUCAUCUGGCCCUGAAGAAAGCUGGAUGCAAUGAGCCUGAGGAUAUCACAGUAACAGUGUUCUACAAAGCCAUAACCAAGAUGCUGGACUCUGGAAUGCUACCUGUAAGCACAAGAGAUGAGAUAUUGAAGUACUACCAUAACAAAACACAGCGUCUGAUUCACAGAGUCGGGACGUCCACGUGACGCUGGGGGUCACGUCCUCACGUACUACUCAAAAGUGGCUCAUCUCCUGGGUUUGAGCAGGCACCAGCUUCUCAAUUACAUCAAGCCUGCUGCUGAGACAGAUCAGAGGAACCCAUACCUUCAGAAGCCCUGCCUGAGUAGCACAAACCCGACAAGCACUCCUUAAACCAUCCACACUCCCCAGGCUGGGCCACGGCCAACCUGUCAAGAGCUGGAGGACAAUAGAGAUUGAAGACCGCAUCAGACAGGUGGUGCUAUUAUCUGUCAAUCAAGCACCCAGGGGCAGAAACCAUGGAAAUGAUCACUCCUGUCAAGAUUGAAGUCAACCUCACACUGCAAGAGAGGAAACAUCUCAGCUUUGAGGAGAUUGAUCACAUAAACUUGGAGUGUCGUGGUGGUGUGCGGAGGUUCCGGUACGACUUAACCAACAACUUAGUACAAGCGUCGGGACUCGCGGAGCUCCGGGGGCUCCCUGCAGCCCUACUACCGGCUCCUGCACCGGCGCCACCUGAGCUUCAACGACGUCUUCAGCACCUACUCCUGGUCCUGGAGCGCCGCCGCCGCCAACAUGGUGGAGCCGACAGAACUGAUCCGGGAACCCCCGCACUUCUCUGCGCAGACGCCUGCUUUGAGAGAGCCCGACCUCAUUCCCAAAAACGGCCACACGAGUCCCCAAGCACCUGCCCUAUCCGGAGAGCCACGCGUGUCGUUACCGCGUCUCAAAGCGAGCCAGAGGAGCGGCCCCUGUCUGGUGCGCACCUGCAUGAAGACCCAGCUAUGAUCUCCAGUUCCCCACCUGCAUUCUGCCUUUGAUACCAAAGUUAUGCUAAAUAAAUAUA